AUGAUUCCGAGAAUUGUUGCGAUUGUGGUUGUGAUAGCGGUUGUGACUGUGGUUGUGAUUGUCGAUUUCAUUUUUCAAGUAUUCGUUGUUGUUCUCGUUGCAAGUAAUCACGAAUUUGGAUCACUAAUAGUUUCUACUGUAGAGGUUUUUGGUGAGCGAUAUUUGAGAUCACCAACACCUAACGAUGUUGCGAGGCUUCUACACAUUGGUGAGCAACGUGGUUUCCCAGGAAUGUUAGGUAGUCUAGAUUGCAUGCACUGGAAAUGGAAAAAUUGUCCAACAGCAUGGACUGGGCAAUACGCAAGUCGUAGCAGAUCACCAACAAUUAUUCUUGAAGUUGUUGCUGAUUAUGACCUUUGGAUAUGGCAUGCUUAUUUUGGUUUGCCUGGCACCAAUAACGAUAUUAAUGUUUUAGAGUCAUCACAUUUAUUUUCCAAUCUUGCUAGUGGUAUUGUGCCUCCCGCCUAUUAUGUUAUUCAAGGAAAAUAA